AUGAUUCUUCUGAUCAAUCCUUCCACUAUUUCGUCGGGUGUGCUGGAUUUUGGUGACAAGUCUACUCUCCUCCUGAUCAGGGAUCCCCCAUCCACCAGCCAUGAUUACACUGGAGAGGAAGAGCCUGUCUUGAUCUCAGCGUACAACGAAGGCGAUGCUACCGGAUUCAUGUUAUUUUGUUAUGAUCGCCUCCCAGAAUACGAUCCACCGUCCACCGAGAUCCCACCCAGUUUUGCAUCCAUCAUUUUCAUGCUCAAUCCCGCGCACGUGGAAAAUGUUUUCCUCGGCGAAUCUCCACAUUUGAAUUCCCCCACUCUGGCUCAAUGUCUUAGAUCUAUAUGGGAGGUUGAGGUUAAUCAGUCUUUAGUGACCGUUCGGAUCGUGUACGAUCAUUGUGCAAUGGUCACUCACCGAGCUAGAAGCGGCCGGCGAUUAAAGGCGAUCUGCUUUGAUAUUGUCCAGGCGCCGGAUUCCAAGCAGGGUGGUAAACUACGGGAGGAGCACACAAUAUUUCUGAAUCGAUACAAUAGGUUCCGCCGCAAAAUCAAUGUUUUGGAGACACAGUAUCACAGCUCAAAGUGGUUAGGCGAUGCAGGGUUGCACGCUGAAUACGAAUACGCUUCAUGGGUCCGCGACUGUGAUCUUGGGGAGGCGAACAUUGCCCCGUCCGGCCAGGCCGCAUGGACGCAAGGCAUGCAGGUCGGCGUCCAGUCAGACGCGCUGUACAUUGCAAAUCCAACGCUCGACGCAAGGCUGAACCUCAACAUUCAAACCACACCUUGCAAAUGCUCUGAAUGUAUGUGCGACCUUCAUGAUGUUGCUCUCGACAUUUACCGCUGCGAGAUGUUUGGUGCAAAUAAUCAGACAUACGGUGUAGUAAAGGAUAUUGAUACGCACGUUCAUCACAUUGAGACAGUCACGGACGUCGCAAAAAAUACGCUUGCUCAUCUGUUGACGUCAACGGCGCAGGCGCGCACGCCGGCCGCGCCGGUGCCGAGCCAAGGUGAUUUUGCGCCCAACGUCGACGUCACGUCGCUUGAGCGCAACGUCGCAGACCUGUUUACCAGCUUCGUGUUCCCUUCUGCAGCUGGAUCUGCGUCUGGUGUGACCUUGGAUGGUGACGGUGUUGGAAAACGAGUGCUGAGAGCGGAGGUUAAAAUAGUAAGCAACCGAAUCGGAGGCAGCGCCAUAACAGCGGGCUCGCUUCACCUUGUCCUCCAACACCCACCACUGUCGAGUGGCGCGAUUGGCCUCACCGUUAUUUCUCGACGACAUCUCGCGUACGAUAUCUAUAAUACAUUAUGUAUCUAUACACGCAACAAAUCAUCGAUCUCUUUCCUCUCUGUGUCUGUUUCGAGUUACUCGCCCCCUCCAAGUUUGCCAUCGUCGCCAGGAAAGAGAUGCUUCGCUGAGAGCUCUUUGACAGAGGGAGGGAUUGACUCAGGCGGCUCAGAUUGCCACAAUGGUUGCCUUGGAAGGCGUGGCAUCGUUUCCCAAAGACACGACGCUGCUGCGUCUGAUAACCAAGCAUUCCCCUGCGAGGAGACGUCCAGCAAUUUUACGAGCAACGUACCAACAGAAAGUUAG